AUGAUUGGAAACGUAGCAACGUACAUGAAUAACAACCAAAAGAACUACAAAGGAAAGUAGGUCUAUUCAACAGUCACAAACAGCAAUGACUCCUCUUCAUCUGGAAAGUCCCACUCCUCUAUUGAUGAUGACUCUGAUGAAUCAAAUCAAAGAAAUAAAAUUGCUCAAGUAGUAGCCCCUCCUAAAGGAUCCACAUCUCCAGUUAAGAAAAUCUCAAUAAGAAGAAGUCACUUGGUGCAUAAUCCGAAAAUCACAGGGUCCCUAUCUGGAUUUGAAGAUUUAGAAAAAGUUAAAGAAAGCCUAAAAAAUCAAAGUUUCGGAAAACUUAGUCCGCAGUAAGAUAUAAAAAAUUAGAACACUCGACAGUCUAAUCAAAAUUCUGAUGGCCAAUUUAGAAGUCCUAAUGUUCUCUAUCUUAAGUAAAGCAUGAUAAAGUAAGCUUCGUCUACCAGUUAGAUUCAAAAUUUAAAUAUGGAGUAAGAAAUGGAUAAGAUUGUCGAUGAGUAUGAUAACUUAGUAGGUAAGAGGAUGAGUUCAAACUUAAAAGAAUCCUUAGCUUCAAUUAAAGAGAGAAAGCUUUCGAGUUUUUAGAAAAAAUCUACAAUGAACAACAACUUCUUAGACACAGAUGAAGACGCGAACCCUCCUGCCAGAUCAAGAAAGACAACUGAUAAUGACCUGAACAUCGGAAAAAGUCCAGAUCAGUAGAAGUAUCCUCAAGAAUUUGAAGAUGCUAAUGUUUCUUAAAAUCUACUUAAAUCUCAAAAAACUUCAGUCAAGAGGUAGGCUUCAAAAGUCUCUGCUAUGAGUAAAGGAAAUAAAAAGCCUAAAAUAGAGUUUACGUAGGAAUACAUAAAUUAUUUGAACGAUAUCUAUGAAUAGGGUAAGUCAAAAAACUAGCCAGGUGCCACUCAAGAAGAAAUGAUUUAAGAAAUGAAUUGCAUGCAAAAGACUAUUCACAUUCUUAGAUGCUGCAAGCCUAAAAACGAGGAAGAUGAAGAUUGGAGUGUAAUUAUUACUCCUGUCUUCUCCUCUGGAGAGUCUGAUGAUGAUUGUAAGGUUAAGUUUUUGGAACUUAAGCCAGAGUAAUAAGUAAAUAGAGCUGCAGAACUAUGGCGGCGAACAUUCAUAAAAGCAAAAGGAGGAGCAAAGAUUGUUUAGAAAUUUGCAUAAUUAAGUGAAGAUAUUACAAUGUUUGGUGCAAGCAGAAAAAUCGAUCUGGACAUUGAGGAAGACAUUACACCUCUUCCUUUUAUCUUACUACCUGAAAACUACAUAAAAAUGUCAUGGAAUUUUGUAAUAAUGUUUUUGCUGCUUUACACAGCAACUUUUGUGCCGUAUAGAACAGCAUUUAUUGAUGAUGUGUCAGAAGGACUUGCAAACUUUGAAUGGCUGGUUGAUGCCCUGUUCAUCUUUGAUUUACUUAUCAAUUUCAUUAGUGCAUAUGAAGAUAGAGAUAAGAAUAUUGAAGUAAGGCUGAAGUGGAUAGCUCUAAACUACUUUAAAACUUGGUUUUUCUUAGAUGUAGCGGCAUGUAUUCCAUUUUAACUAUUAGAGUCUGACAACUCUAGUGAUAGUUCUACAACUACUUCGACAACCUAGAAUACAGGCUAGAUUCCAGGAAAGCAAAGUAAAAAUAGCAAAAUUAAUAAGCUCAUCAGACUCGCAAGACUCCCCAGAUUGUAUAGGCUCCUCAGAAUUUUAAGACUAUUCAAAAUACUGGGUCUCAUCAACUAGAAUGCAAGUUUCAAGAAGUUAUAAGAGGCAAUGAAAGUUAAUGCAGGUAUCUAAAGAAUGGUCAUGGUUGGAUUUGGUGUUCUCUUUAUGGUUCAUCUAAUGGCGUGUCUUUGGUUCCUUGUUGCAAAGCUAAAUGAUUUUGAUGAGUAGUGUUGGGUGGUAAAAUCAUAAAUAAUGGAUAGACCUGCACCUUAUUAAUAUCUAACUUCAGUAUAUUGGGCUCUGCAGACCCUUACUACGGUAGGAUACGGAGAUAUUCAUGCAUAUAGUGUGCAUGAGAAGAUAGCAGCUUUAGCUUGGAUGAUUAUCGGAGUCGGCUUCUAUUCAUUUACCAUAGGAAACUUGUCUUCGAUAAUUAAUACAAUAGACGUUAAAGCAGCACAUUUACAGUAAAAAUUGAAUAUCCUAACAGAGUUUGCUAAAAGAACAAAGCUCCCAGAUGAUGUUUAAAACAGGAUUAAAAGAUUUUUGGAAAACAAUCACAAUGAGCAUCUUUCACUAUUUGAUUAAAAGCAACUACUGAGUGAAAUUCCAGCAUCCUUAAGAGCUGAGGUCGUGAGUCAUACUCAUGGAGAGAUUAUUAAAAAUAUCAAGUUCUUUAAUGAUAAGGAUCCUCAUUUCUUGUUCUCAAUAUUGCCUUUGCUGAAACCAAUGAAAGUUUAUAGAAAGGAUAUUCUGUAUAAUCAAGGUGACUAUGCUGAAGAGGUAUUCUUUAUACUUAAAGGUAGAGUAAAGAUGUAUAUCGAUGUCAAUGAAGGAGCUUCUGAUGGAGUAGUUUUAAAUGUACCUUUCAAUCUUUAUGUGGAAGGAUCAUAUUUUGGAGAUUCUGAGAUAUUCCCAAAAGCAGUUGAAAAUGACUAACAACUACAAAUAGUUGAAAGACAUUGCAGAGACAGCACAGCAAUAGCUGAGACUGAGUGUUAACUGUUAGUUAUUACGAGAAAGGAGCUUCUUGAUGUUUUAAGAAGAUUCAAAAAACUUACUACUGAGAUGAGGGAAGUAGCCUUAGAGAGAUAAAAACAUCAUAGAAGAGCAAUAAAUCAAGUAAAAGAAAAGUAAAAGCUUAAGAUAACUUCUCUUGCUGACUAAUACUACCUAAGUUCACAGGGUCAGCAGAUUAAAAAAGAUUAGGACCUAGAAAAUAAAAAGAUAAUAUUCAACAAAUAUGUAAAAGGCAAAGGUGGUAAGAAAAAGGAAAAUGCAAAGAUCUAAUUGGAAUAGCUCUUCUAACAAGAGGAUAGAUCUAAAGGUGCUCACAAUAAAAACGGAAAUCAACCAGGUCCUAUUGUAACAAAUCUCUCUGAACAAAAGAUUUCAACAAAUGGGUCAUCAUUUCCUUAAAAGAGACCCCCUCCGUUAAAUCUCAAAAUAUAGAUACCAACUGAUGAUAAUGAAUACGAUUAACAACCAUAGUCAUCUUAAUUAAAAAGCAAAGCUGCAAAACGAGACCAGAAAAUACCUGUUAUAUCUGAACCAGAGCCAUUAGAGAAGCCAGUGGCUCAAAUAAAUGUCGGAAAUUUCAGUAAUAGAUAGUACAAGAAAAAAUUAUCCAGUACACUAAUGAUAGGCCAAGCUGAUAAUGAGAAAUCAAACAAAAGUCCAUCAAGUCCAGCAUUAUCUUCUAGAGGUAGUCCUAGCAAUAAGAACUCUACAACUAAUAAGAUUAAUAACGGGUAAAGCAACAAUAAUUUCUCUAGUGCAUUGAGUAGUCAAUAGAGAAAUUAACUAAAACUACAGGGAUAAAAAAGAGACUCUGUUGCUACUAAGGCACCAGAUAGUAGCCAGAACACUCAUAGAUAGAAUGAUAAAGAAUCUCAAACAUCCUCAUCGAUGGAUGGUGCUACUAGUUCACAAACAUCAGAUACCAUGACAGACGAAGAAGAAAUAGAAAAGGCUAAAAUGAGACAAAUAGCUGGAAACAGUGUGAUAUCUGAUAAUAUGAGUGACGAUUCAGGUUGGGCUUAAAAUGAAAUGAUUUUCUAAAGUUUCCAAGAAAAUAUGGCUUUGAUUGCUGGGAAUUCAUUCGAGAUUUUGCAGCUCUACGAAAUGAUAAGCAAAGAUUAUGCCAAAAUUAAUUAGAGCAUUAAUGAUAUGGAGGAUCAUAAUGAAUUAGUUGAAAAUAGGUCAAAAGCAUUGGAAGACAAACUAGAAAGAAUCAUCAAAUUAUUGUGA